AUGGCACAUACGUGCACUGCCACCAUCAACGAGAGUCAUGUAAGCAGCUUUGAAGAGGCUGAUGAUCCAAUAGAUUACAACAACCUUUUUGAUGAACUUAAUGAAGGUCCGGAAACAAUUCCUCCCUUUUGUCUUGGUGGGUUUUUAAGAAAAAAGAAGCCGCAAGCAUCAAAAAAGACCAAUACAUCAGAAGCAGCAGCAUAUAGUCUCAACACUACAGUAAUCCCUGAAAUAUUUAACAUCUCAGACGAGGCUGUUCUCUUCCUCAAAGGCUUGAUGGUCACACGCGUCAUGCCCUCGUUCUACAUCUUCAUCAUCCUCAUUAGUUUGCCCCUGAACGCUUUGGCCUUGGUGACGUUCACCUGUAGGAUUCGAGUGAAGAAACCAGCUGUGAUCUACAUGUCUCACCUGGCGUGUGUGGACCUGCUCUUCACCCUGCUGCUGCCUCUGAAGAUCCACUACCAGCUGAACGCUUCAGAUUGGGUGUUCGGUGAGGUGACGUGUCGUGUGCUCAGUGCUGCUUACUACUGCUACAUGUACUUCUCCAUACUGCUGAUGAUGUGCAUGAGUGUGGACAGACUGCUGGUCGUGGUGCUUCCCAUCGCCUCUCUAACCAGGAGGAGUGCAAGGAAAGCCACGUGUGUGUGUGUGCUGGUCUGGCUGCUGGCGCUCGCUGGCAUAGUACCACUUCUCUCAAUAACACAAACGGUCAAGAUUAGGGAUGUGGGCGUCACUUGUCAUGACGUGCCGGAUCAAACACAGAAGUAUGUGUACCUGUUCUCCAUCCUCUCCUGCCUCUACUUCUUCUUGCCACUCAUUGUCACCUUAGUGAGCUCCUUUACCAUAAUAUAUGUGCUCAGUGUAAAGUCUCAUCGCUUAGCAAAAUCUUCAUCAUCUUCAGACAAACGAAGGAGAGCUGUGAUUACGGUUAUCACCGUGCUGAUGAAGUUUGUGGUGUGUUUCGCUCCAACCAAUGGCAUCCUGUUGUAUCAUUGUGUUCGUUUAGCUACUGGAGGGGAGGGAGAUUCAUCAUAUGCUGCUUACCUGUUGGCUGUGUGUUUGGGGAGCGCAAGUGUUUUCCUGGACCCUCUUCUGUACUACUACGGCUCGUCUCAGUGCAGACAGCAGAUCAGAUCUGUGUUUUGGGGCAGGAAGGCAAAAAGAGUGAAAACGCCAUCAAACAUAUGAAAUGCUCUCAGUACAGCUGCACAGUGACAAU